AUGCUGCGGCUGCUGGCAUCCGGCUGCGCCCAGGGUGCAUGGGCCCACGUGGGCACGCGUCCUGCCGCAGGGCUCCGCCACCCCCAACGACGCUUGGGCCACCAGGCCUCCCAAGCCCCCCGGAACCAGCCUCCCAGCUCGGAGUUCGUGGCCCGGUCGGUGGGCAUCUGCUCCAUGAUGCGCCUGCCCGUGCAGGCCUCCCCGGAGGGGCUGGACGCCGCCUUCGUCGGAGUGCCCCUGGACAUCGGUACAUCCAACAGGCCCGGGGCCAGAUUUGGACCCCGACGCAUCCGGGAGGAAUCCGUGUUGCUGCGGACUGUCAAUCCUAGCACGGGGGCCCUCCCCUUCCAGUCCCUCAUGGUGGCAGACCUUGGCGAUGUGCCUGUCAAUCUUUACAACCUAAAGGACAGCUGCCGGCUAAUUCAAGAGGCCUAUCAGAAAAUUGUAGCAGCUGGCUGCAUUCCUCUGACGCUGGGUGGAGAUCACACCAUCACUUACCCCAUAUUGCAAGCGGUGGCAGAAAAGCACGGCCCUGUGGGGCUGCUGCAUGUGGACGCCCACACGGACACGGCCGACAAGGCCCUGGGGGAGAAGCUGUACCACGGGACGCCCUUCCGCCGCUGCGUGGACGAGGGACUACUGGACUGCAAGCGCGUGGCGCAGAUUGGCAUCCGGGGCCCUUCCAUGACCUUGGACCCCCACGGAUACAACCGGAGCCAGGGCUUCCGGGUGGUCCUGGCGGAGGACUGCUGGAUGAAGUCGCUCGUCCCUCUGAUGGCGGAGAUCAGGCAGCAGAUGGGAGGCCAGCCUCUCUACAUCAGCUUUGACAUCGAUGCCCUGGACCCCGCCUACGCCCCCGGCACCGGAACGCCUGAAAUUGCCGGUCUCACCCCUAGUCAGGCUCUGGAGAUCAUCCGUGGCUGUCAAGGCCUGAAUGUGGUGGGCUGUGACCUCGUGGAAGUGUCACCCCUGUAUGACCUGUCUGGAAACACGGCUCUGCUGGCGGCUAACCUGCUCUUUGAGAUGCUGUGCGUCCUUCCCAAAGUGACCCCGGCCUGAGUCUGUGCACGCCCCCUCCCGCCUCCCUAAGCAGAUGGUGCUGCGGACACAGUCCCGAGAAGCGAUAAGCCAGCGGUCUGUGUACUAAAGAGGUGAUGCCAAUAAAGCGUUCUGUCAAAAGUGUCAUUGAUGGCUUAAAAAUAAGGACACUUAGAACUCUGACCCCAGCAACUAACAUUUCUAGGAGUCUGAGUUGCUUGACGUAAUGAAGCACUUUCGUGGCUUCAACUGUUUUUCUUUCCUUUGAUGGAAGAUGGCAGAAGAUAAAGGAGGAAGGGAUGGAGAAUUUCACUCAAGAGUCUCUCAAAAUCAGAGGAAUAAAAUUUGUAAACAAAAAAAAACCUGUGAAAUAAUCC